CGUUGGCGGCUGGCGCGUGGGCCGGCGCGUGUAUUUCCUGGCCUUACUGUGGCUCCAGGGGGUCGUGACCCCGGAAGUGCUGUGUCGCGGAGACCCAGUGAGGGGAAAGGCGGCAGUCAGGCGGAGGCAGCGCAGAGGACAUGGCGAGAUAAGCGGCCGGGGCGCCGGUGAGUCCGAACAUUUUUGGAAAAUGGCCUCUGCAUUCAAUGGUCCCACAGCAGUUUCUGAUGUAAUUAAAGAUCUAGACACUCAGAUAGCUCUGAUUGGUCUGGGCCCACAUAAUCCAAAAAAGAAGCAAGAUCUGGACAAGCUCUAUGACCUGAAGGUUAAAGCUCAGCAGAUUAUGAACCAGUUUGGCCCGUCUACCUUGAUCAAUCUAUCCAACUUCUCCUCAAUCAAACCAGAACCGGCCAGUACUCCUCCUCAUAGUUCCAUGGCAAACAACACCGCUGUGGCAAAGAUGCCAGGGACCCCUAGCAGUGGAGGGCGUCUCAGUCCUGAAAGCAACCAGAUCUUAACCAAGAAGAAAUUGCAGGAUCUUGUCAGAGAGGUAGAUCCAAACGAGCAACUGGAUGAAGAUGUGGAGGAGAUGCUGUUGCAAAUUGCUGACGACUUCAUUGAAAGUGUGGUGACAGCUGCCUGCCAGCUUGCACGGCAUCGCAAGUCCAACACUUUGGAAGUGAAAGAUGUUCAGUUGCAUCUUGAGCGUCAAUGGAAUAUGUGGAUCCCAGGUUUUGGUUCUGAAGAAAUCAGGCCUUAUAAAAAAGCCUGCACCACAGAAGCUCACAAACAGAGGAUGGCACUGAUACGCAAAACAACCAAGAAAUAAUGCCUGGGAAUGGCAGGGAAAUAAAAAUGGCUCUUCUGGGGGAGGGGGGAAUCUGCCUCUUAAGCUGCGAAGUAUCCAUGAUGUCAUCUGUGGGAUUGCUUUUUAAUGCUUUCCAGAGAAGCACAUAUUUUAACCGUGCAGCAAUAUCUGACUUUCAGAGGAGAUUUGCCAAAAGCCGUUAGCCCUGCCCCCCCCCCCCAUCUAUUUCCCCAAAAGAACACAAUGCAUCUCGAAACAUAGACUUUAUUUUCUGCCUUCAAAGUGAUUUAUGGUGUAAGUGAUUGUCCAAGGGACAGAAUAUUUUGGUAUUUUGGGGAACAGUAUUAGAAACGGCUGUAGAUGUUUUUCAUUUCCAUUUUACUCUUUGUAAUGUUGCUGUUUAUAGAUAUUUGGAUUUGUUUUACGAGUAAAGAAAUUAUGACUUAAAAAUUGA